GUCGAUGUGCGAGUUUCUCCACUUGAAGCCCAACGUGUUCCCCCACUUCUACCCCAAGCUUCGGGCCAAUCUCACGUCGUGGAGGGCCAAAGCGCUUUGGAAAAAGUUCGACGCGCGCGCCUUCCACAAGUGCUACGCAAAAGGGAAAAUCUGCGCAGGAACCCGAGUGCUGGUGAUUGGGGCGGGGCCUUGCGGGCUGCGCACCGCCAUCGAGGCGCAGCUGCUGGGCGCUAAAGUGGUUCUGAUAGAGAAGCGCGAUCGCUUGUCCCGAAACAACGUCCUUCACUUGUGGCCCUUUGUGAUCGAAGAUCUGCGCAUGCUCGGCGCCAAGAAGUUCUUCGGGAAGUUCUGCGCGGGGGCGAUCGAUCACAUCAGCAUCAGGCAGCUGCAGUGCAUUCUACUUAAGGUGGCUCUGCUGUUGGGCGUGGAAGUUCACACGGAAGUCAGCUUCGAGCACCUGCUCGAGCCCAGUGCUGCUGAGAAGACCGGAUGGAGGGCGGAAAUCAAGCCGGAGAACCACCCGGUGGCGCAGUACGAGUUUGACGUCAUCAUUGGUGCGGAUGGCAAGCGCAACACCCUGCAAGGGUUCAAGCGGAAGGAGUUUAGAGGCAAACUGGCCAUUGCCAUCACCGCGAACUUCAUCAACAAGAAGUCGGAGGCGGAAGCGCGAGUGGAGGAGAUCAGUGGCGUCGCCUUCAUCUUCAACCAGAAGUUCUUUAAGGACCUGCAAGGGGAAACCCGCAUAGACCUGGAGAAUAUCGUCUACUACAAGGACGACACCCACUACUUUGUGAUGACCGCCAAGAAGGCCAGUUUAUUGGAGAAAGGAGUGAUCAAGCAGGAUUUGUCCGAUACUGAGAAGCUGCUGGCGCCGGAGAACGUCGAUCGGGACGCGCUGCAAAACUAUGCACGCCAGGCGGCCGAUUUCAGCACAAACUAUCAGCUGCCUCACUUGGAAUUUGCUGUAAAUCACUACGGACAGCCGGAUGUGGCCAUGUUCGACUUCACCUCCAUGUAUGCGGCAGAAUACGCCUCAAAGGUCGUGGAACGCCACGGAUCUAGACUACUGAUGAUCCUGGUGGGGGACAGUUUGCUUGAGCCGUUUUGGCCCACCGGAUCAGGCUGUGCGCGCGGAUUUCUCUCUUCCUUAGAUGCCGCGUGGGCGAUCCGGAGCUACUGCUCCGGGCAAAUGACUCCGCUGGACGUGCUGGCGGAGCGAGAGUCGAUUUAUCGGCUACUGGCCCAAACUACCCCCGAUAAUCUGAACAAGGACUGGAAAGCCUAUACUCUGGAUCCAGCCACAAG